GGGGAGGCCGAACUGGAAAGUCCACCUUCUCUCCUGGCAUCACUACACAUGUUUAAGAACCUAAGCACCUUCUGAAGUCACUGAAAAUUUAUAGUCUGGUGGUGGUGGGGUGAAUAAAGGAAGGCAGAAUGGAUGAUUUCCUCUCCAUUAGUAUGCUGUCUCUCGCUAUGUUAGUGGGAUGCUACGUGGCUGGAAUUAUUCCGCUGGCUGUUAAUUUCUCAGAGGAUCGGCUAAAGCUGGUGACUGUUUUGGGUGCUGGUCUUCUCUGUGGAACUGCACUGGCAGUCAUCGUGCCUGAAGGAGUACAUGCACUUUAUGAAGAUGUUCUUGAGGGAAAACUUCACCAAGCAAGCGAGACCCAGAAUGUGAUUGCAUCAGACAAAGCCGCAGAAGUGCCAGUUGUUCACGAACAUGAACAUAGCCCUGACCACCAUACACAGCUGCAUGCCUAUAUUGGCGUUUCCCUUGUGCUGGGCUUCGUUUUCAUGUUGCUGGUAGACCAGAUCGGCAGCUCCCAUGUGCAUCCUGCUGACGAUCCAGAAAUGGCAAGACCCACCAGUUCCAAAAUCACCACCACACUGGGGCUGGUUGUCCAUGCUGCAGCUGAUGGUGUUGCUUUGGGAGCUGCAGCUUCUACUUCACAGACCAGUGUCCAAUUAAUUGUGUUUGUAGCAAUAAUGCUACAUAAGGCACCAGCUGCAUUUGGGCUGGUUUCUUUCUUGAUGCAUGCAGGCCUUGAGCGAAACCGAAUCCGAAAACAUUUGCUGGUCUUUGCACUGGCAGCACCAGUUAUGUCUAUGGUGACAUAUUUAGGACUAAGUAAGAGCAGUAAAGAAGCCCUCUCAGAAGUCAAUGCCACUGGAGUGGCCAUGCUUUUCUCUGCCGGGACAUUUCUUUAUGUUGCCACAGUACAUGUUCUACCCGAGGUGGGUGGAAUGGGCCACAGCCACAGACCUGAUGCCACUGGAGGGAGAGGCCUCAGCCGCUUGGAGGUGGCAGCCCUGGUGCUGGGCUGCCUCAUCCCACUCAUCCUGUCAAUAGGACACCAGCAUUAAGUGUCGAGGUUCCAGUCUCUCUCCACGGCCGUUUGCCAUCCAGUGAGAACAGCCGGCACAUGACAGCUCCUUACUUCCUCAGUCUCAUGUCUUGCCUUGCGCAUCUCCACCUGUAUUCCUAGAGUCCAGAGGGAGGUGAGAUUAAAAUCUGGAGUAACAGAAAAGCUUUUAGAGUAGAAACAACACAUUACAAUUGGAUAUAGACAUUCCCUGUGUUGUAUUUUAAAGGGCCUUGGCAUUCUGAGUUUUGAUGUUUCUCUUAACCCUAUUCUCAGGGAAGAUGAAAUUAGUUUUAAGGAAAGAAAUCGAGAACUUCAUGUUCACAAAUAGUGAUUAUGACAGUACAGUGUUCUGUAAUUAA